AUGAAGUUCUCCCAUAGCAUCCAAUUCAAUGCCGUCCCCGACUGGAGCAGCCAUUACAUUGCAUAUAGCAAUCUAAAGAAAUUAAUCUACGGGCUCGAGAAGACUAUCCACCAACCCGGUGUCUCAGAUGUCGAAACAAGACCGCUCCUUCGAAAUGAGGACCCCGAAGUCGUCUUUGCGCGGGCUUUGGACGUCGAACUAGAGAAGAUAUCGUCAUUCUACGGCGUCAAGGAAAAGGAGCUCUUUGACGAGGUCGACGAUCUUAUGCGCGAUAUCGGUUCGCUCGACGCCGAUGGCCAAGUUCAAACCGACGUACCCCAGAGGCCCGCCCUGCAAGAUAUUAUCAGUGACCCGGUGAAGCCUACUCGCGGUCCACGCAGCGCUCAGAGUGCCCGAAGUACUCGUUCAACCGACGACGGUGUCGAAGAUAGCGACGAGGAUGACGACGAUGACCAGGAUGAGACUUCGGCCCUCAACAGAAGGAAGCGCCGACGAUCGAGCCUCGGGACGUACAGCCGAAGGCGCGGUGUUCCGAGCGCGAUGUUUGCUUCUACCGACAUGACCGCUUCGACGGACCUUACUCGUUCGCGCAGAUACAGCCUUGGUUAUGAUGACUAUGCCGAGACGGCCAUGCAUUCUUCCGGCAUCAUGCUGAAAAAGCGCAUCAUCAGCCUCUACGUGCAGCUGUGCGAACUUAAGUCGUAUGUGCAGCUGAACAAGACAGGCUUUAGCAAGGUCCUCAAAAAGUUCGAUAAGAUCAUCGACAGGGAAUUUCGACCGAUAUAUAUGAAAAACACCGUCGAGAUUACUUAUCCUUUCUUACCUGAGACUAUCAGGCAGGUCGAGGAGAGCAUCGCCAAGAUGGAGAAGGCAUAUGCCGACGUGGUCACCCACGGCGACGAGCCCCUCGCUAAGAAGGAUCUCCGAUCUCAUCUGAGAGAGCACGUCGUCUGGGAACGGAAUACGGUGUGGCGAGAACUCAUCGGUCUCGAGCGCCGCGCCGAAGCUGCGAGUCUCGGCAAGGGUCUCCUCGGCGGGCAGAACGAUGGUAUCAAGGUGAGACUCCAGGGCGACGAUGCUCCGGCCACUCCUAUGAAGGAGAUCGAGACACCCAUCGGGCGUUUUACCUGCCCGACCUGGUUAUUCGGCUCGACCAUGUUUACACUACUUGGAAUUAUCGCCAUAUUCUUGGUUUUGCUAUAUGUUCCUAUCAUGGACAGGCCCGAGCAGCAAAACUGCUUAGCAAUGCUAGUGUUCGUGAGUCUGCUAUGGGCUACCGAGGCAAUCCCGCUUUUCGUGACGUCUCUGUUGAUACCAUUCCUCUGCGUGGUUCUUCAGGUUGUCCGCGAAGAUGAUGUGCCAUACAAGCGGCUAGAUUCUAAGAACGCCACUCCUUACGUCUUCGCGGCUAUGUGGACACCCGUCAUCAUGCUGCUGCUAGGAGGUUUUACCGUUGCCGCCGCCCUGUCUAAAUGCAAGAUCGAUAAGCGGAUCGCGACCUUCGUCCUUAGUAAGGCGGGAACGCAGCCGAGGACGGUGCUCAUCGCGACCAUGUUUGUGGCGGCAUUUGCCAGCAUGCUAGUCAGCAAUGUGGCAGCUCCGGUGCUCUGCUUUUCCAUUGUCGAGCCUAUGCUGCGGAAUCUCCCUUCAGGUUCCAACAUGUCUAAAGCGGUGAUCAUGGGUAUCGCGCUCGCCUCUAACAUUGGCGGUAUGCUUUCCCCCAUCGCUUCGCCGCAAAAUGUCGUCGCAUUAGGCAUAAUGGAGCCGGCGCCGACGUGGGGUGAAUGGUUUUUUGUCGUAAUUCCCGUGGGCAUCAUAUCUAUUCUCCUAAUCUGGGUCCUCCUCCUCGUCACCUUCCAACCCGGAAAAGGUACUACUAUCGUACCAAUCAGGCCGGUGAAGGAACCGUUUACAGGUUUGCAAUGGUUCGUAUCCUUCAUAUGCAUUGCCACCAUCGGGCUUUGGUGCGCGAGCCAUCAGCUCGAGUCGACCUUUGGCGACAUGGGAGUCAUCGCUAUCAUCCCGAUCGUGCUCUUUUUCGGCGUCGGCAUACUCACCAAGGAAGAUUUCAAUAAUUUUCCGUGGACUAUUAUCAUCCUUGCGGCUGGCGGAUUGGCCCUCGGCAAGGCCGUCAAGUCGUCGGGACUCCUUCAUACCGUAGCCGAGGGCAUCUCCCGGGAGGUGAACGGCGUAGACUUGUAUGGUAUCCUCAUCAUAUUUUCGAGCCUAACCUUGGUAAUCGCGACUUUCAUCAGCCACACAGUCGCCGCGUUGAUCAUCUUGCCGCUCGUGUCGGAUAUCGGAAAGGAUAUGGAGGAACCUCACCCCAACCUGCUAGUCAUGGCCGCGGCGCUCAUGUGUAGCGCGGCGAUGGCGUUGCCGACGAGCGGAUUCCCUAACAUGACUCGGCCCAUCAUCGAGCUAAAGCAACGCGACAAAUCUAAGAUAGAAACGAUACUAGCACAUGGCGAUCGCGUUCUCGUCGGUCUAAAUACCGGAUCGCUGAGGAUAUACCGCCUAAACGAAUUAACCCAACCAUCCGAGCCUCCUGCUUCUAACGGUACUCCUUCCACUCCUCCAAGCACCGACACGAACACGACACCCAGUUCUUCUCCAAAGCCGACUGAUCUUUUACGUGAAAUCGAGAAGUUCUCCACGCGCGCCAUCGAGCAGCUUGCGAUCAUCAGAGAAGCCAACAUCAUCGUCUCCCUCUCCAACUACAACGUCUCCCUCCACGAUCUCCAGACCUACGAGUUGAUCGAGACGAUAUCGCGCACAAGGAACGCUACCUGCUUUGCUGUUACCAGCAACAUCGUCAAAGAUGCCGCCACCGGCAUUCCAGAGAUUAUUAGCCGUCUCGCCGUAGCUAUAAAACGACGCUUGCUGUUAUGGAGUUGGCACGAGAGCGAGCUACAUGACGAGGUCACCGAGAUCGUGCUUCCUGAGGGCAUCAGGACGUUGACUUGGGCCAACGCGACCAAGGUCGUCUGCGGUAUGAACGCGGGAUACGUCUUGGUAGACGUGACCACCUCGGAAACGCACGAGAUCGUAGGCCUGGGUGCGGCGGCAACGGGAGGGCAGGGGAGCAGGUUCGGCGCCGCGAGCAUGGGCUAUAUGGGACUCGGCGGGUAUAUGCCGAAGCCACUGGCUACGAGAUUGGCCGAGGGUCAGAUGUUGCUCGCGAAGGACAUCAAUUCUCUGUUCAUCGACACGAACGGCAACCCGCUGGAAAAGCGUCAGGUGCCGUGGCAGAACGCCCCCGAGAGCAUCGGAUAUAGCUACCCCUACAUCCUGAUCCUUCAGCCACCAGCUAAAGGUACGCUAGAUGUGCGGAAUCCAGAAACGCUGAGCCUUCUACAGACCAUAGAACUUCCCGGCGCGGCACAAAUGCACUUCCCGCCGCCUACGGUCAGUCUCGCCCACGCGGGUAAAGGUUUCCAUAUCAGCAGCGAUCGAGCCGUAUGGAAGAUGGAAGCGACGGACUACGACACCCAGGUGAAGGAGCUGAUCGACUCGGCUAAGUACGACGAGGCCGUAAGCGUGCUCGGCAUGCUCGAAGACGCGCUGUUGAAGGAUAAGACCGGCACUAUGCGGGAGGCUAAGAUGCUGAAGGCGGAAGUCCUCUUCAAGAAAAAGAAGUUCUCAGAAAGCCUGGCACUAUUUAACGAGGACGAGGUACACGCACCUCCUCAAAGAGUACUAAGGCUGUACCCUAGGACGAUCGCCGGGGAUCUUUCCGCCGAGUGCACGCGAGAGGAGAGCGCCUCGGAGGAAGAAGACCAGGAAGAGGACGAGAAGGUUAAUGGUGACAAACCUGCCAAAACCGAGUCCAACGUCGAAGUUGCGUCGCCGUCUAGGCCUAGCACCUUUGCAAAAUACUGGAUGGGACAUCGAAAAGGGGACUCCGACGCGGCAUCUAUCACAUCUUCUAAGAAGGGCGGCACCGACAGCGAAGAUAUGGCGAGUGUCAAGGCUAAGACGAAGAAGAAGAAAGCCGAAGAGGAUGGACCGCUGGAAGGGAAGGAUCUGAUCAAGGCCGUCCGCGAGCUUAACAGUUAUCUGGCUGGUACGAGGACACGUCUACAGCGAUGGAUCGAUCCGGCAACCGGAAAGCUGAAACCUCGCAAACCGACAACCGGCAAAGGCUCGUCGAUAAGCUUGGACGAGAAUCUAGACGCAUUACUAACGAAUUCUCGCUCCGAUUCUGACGAACAGCUAGAGCACGAGCUUAAGGAGACGUUUACCAUGGUCGACACCGCUCUCUUCCGCGGCCUAAUGUUUGUCACGCCCACGCUUGCCGGCUCUCUCUUCCGCAUCCCGAACUUCUGCGAUCCCGCGGUGGUGAACGAGCACCUCCUCAAGCACAGUCGGUAUAAUGAAUUAGUCGACUUCUUCUACGGAAAGAAGCUCCACCGCGAUGCCCUCACCCUCCUUCGCAAGUUCGGAGACGUGAACCCGGAAGGGGAAUCAACCAAGCUUGACCUUAACGGACAGGCGGACUCGGAAGUGACGAUACCCGAGCAGUUGCGUGGUCCGCGGAGGACGGUCGGCUACCUGCAAAGUCUUCCGCCGGAGAUGAUCGACAUCAUUCUCGAGUUUGCGGAUUGGGUCCUGCGGCGCGAUCCGAACCAGGGAAUGGAGGUGUUCUUAGCCGAUAGCGAGAACGCCGAGACUCUGCCGCGAGAAAGGGUCGUGCGGUAUCUUGGCGCCAUCGACGUCAAUCUAGAAAUCCGCUACCUACAGCACAUCAUCACGGAACUAGAAGACGGCACGCCGGACUUUCAUAAUCAAUUAGUGGAGCUGCUGGUUCAAGCGCUGAGAGACGACAAGCGCGACGAGUCGUGGAACGAGAAGCUCGAUAGCCUCGUGACCUUUUUGAGGGGAAGUCAGCAGUACAGCUUAAGCAGAGCACUAAGCAUAAUUCCUCGUGAUGAUCCGGCAUUCUACGAGGCUCGUGCCAUAGUGUUCAGCAACAUGGGUUCUCACAAGCAAGCGCUCGAGAUCUACGUGUUUAACAUGCAGGAUUACGCGAAAGCAGAGGAGUAUUGCAACCAUAUACACGCGCUUCCCAGUUCCCGCAGGGAAUCCUUCGCCGCGCUGCUGGCCGACGAGGACGAUCGCGAUCCCGACUCGAAGCCUUCCAUUUACCACAUGCUGCUUUCUUUAUAUCUUACUCCGCCGCCGCCGAACAAACCGAACCUGGAACCGGCCCUGUCUCUCCUCUCGAGGCACGGCUCUCGUCUGCCGGCCGAGUCGACGCUAUCUCUCAUCCCCGACGAUCUUCCGGUGACAGAGCUCGAGUCAUAUUUCCGAGGGCGCAUCCGCGCGGCUAACAGCGUCAUCUCGGAGUCGCGCAUCGUCGAAGGGUUGCGCAAGACGCAGCUGGUGAAUACGCAGGCGCUGCUGCUACUCGGGGACGGCAUCCCCGGCGGCCAGAGCGGGCGUAGCAGGAAGGUCGUGAUUGGCGAGGAGAGGGUGUGCGGCGUAUGCCACAAGAGACUGGGUAAUAGCGUCGUGGCGGUGCUUCCGGAUAAUACGGUCGUCCAUUACGGAUGUUUGGGGAGACCGGGGCGUAGCAUGAGCGGAACUAGAAGCGAGAGGAUCGCCGGUUCGUGGGGGAGGCACGGCUGA